UAGAUAGAUUAUACAUUUACAGUCUCAAAUAUCAUGUUUUCUGGCCUCACUGUUCAGACACCGAUGCUUUAAACUAGGAAUCAUUGAACACUUUAAACACUCCUGGGCAGAACUCAUUUUUACAUUGUUCUCAUGUCAGAUAGUUCACUUUUAGUUAUUUAAAUCUUUUUUUUUGUCAUCAAAUCAAACCUUGUAAACUGUUGGAUCUUACAACACAUUAAGUGUCCAUUAAGAUGCAAUAGUUUGAUGUUAUGCAAUACAAAUGUCCAUUUAACCGAUUCUGUCCGUGAAUGGGCAGGAAAGAGUCAGAUUACAGGAUGUGGAAUCAGUUUCACGCAGCGGGAGUGCUCGACUCGCGUCUAUUUGAUUCAAUGAACGAAUCAAUAAAAUGAACGGCUUGAUCAUUAAGAAAUUAUUUAGCGUUUUAUUUUUGUAUGUUAAAUGUUAAUGUUGUUUAAAAUUGUAGCGUUAACAGUAUUAAUAUGUAAACGUUUUAAUCCGCUGGGUGAACAACACAAGCACGCGAGUCGUGAUUCCCGAGUCUGCAAAAGAAUCGUUCAGUAAUCCAGCAGCUGGAUCGAGCUGUUGUGCUGCGCGAGAGCUCCGCUAUUUCAGGAUCAUGUUCGUCAUGCAGAUUCUGUCGGUGUUGCUCAUGUUGUUCGUGACUGAAGCUCUCAGCGCUGAACCAGAAGAGAAUGAAGUCCUCAAAUACUCAGACACACUGGACACACACCAGAAUGUAGUAACAUUCACCACUGGCAACUUUAGCGAUACAUCACACAAACCUUCGUUACCAGAUAUUGAUGAGUGUCACGAGGGCGACCCUGGCCCUUGCGGUUACCAUGCCAACUGCACAAACACACCCGGAUCCUUCCUGUGCAGCUGUUUCCGUGGUUACCUGAUGAGUGCGCAGGGAUGUACAGAUGUCGACGAGUGUGUGUUAGCAUCAGUGACGGGUCUGCAGGCGUGUGGAAGCGGAGCCGAGUGUAAAAACACACCGGGAUCUUUCACCUGCUCCUGUCCGGCGGGAUUCGUGCUGGCGCUCGACGGACACAACUGUGUCGACGUCGACGAGUGUAAUUUCGAGGAGAGCUGUCGGAGGGAACUGGGUAAUGUGUGUGUGAACACAGAGGGAAGCUACACAUGUGUGUGUCAGGCUGGAUUCAGAGAGGACCGGGCCGCGUGUGUCGAUGUGGAUGAGUGUGUGGAGGAGGAGCGUGUGUGUGUCGGUCGGGGGGAGUGUGAGAACACACCGGGCAGUUACAGGUGUGUGUGUCAGCGUGGUUACCGUGGCAACGGCACACAGUGCACAGAUGUAAACGAGUGUUUGAGCGGCGAUCACGGCUGUGACGGCAACGCUCGCUGCGGGAACGUCAUCGGAUCGUAUUUCUGCCAGUGUCUUCAGGGAUUCAGCGGAGACGGACACUCCUGCUACGAUGUGGACGAGUGCGCUCAGGAUAACGGAUUCUGUCAACACAACUGCACAAACCAGCUGGGAACGUACAGCUGUCACUGUAGAGCCGGAUACACAAUCACUGCAGACCAACACAACUGUUCAGAUGUGGACGAGUGUGUGAGCAGUUAUGACACAUGUGAACAGACCUGCACGAACACAGUGGGAUCGUUCCUGUGCUCGUGUGGAGACGGGUACGAGCUUCACAUCGACGGACACAGCUGUGUGGACAUCGACGAGUGUAAACUCCAGAACGGGGGCUGUUCUCACGAGUGCUCGAACACAGCCGGCGGUCACGCGUGUCACUGUCCCUUCCCUCUAAUCCUGGACCGCCACAACACAACCUGCGUCAACGUGAGCUCGUGUGCGCUGAGGAACGGCGGAUGUGAUCAGAUCUGCUCUGUGGGUUCAGAAGGGCUCGUUCAGUGCAGCUGCAGGGCAGGAUGGGAGCUGGACACCGACCAAAGGACCUGCGUUGACGUGGACGAGUGUGUGAGUUUUAACGGCGGCUGUGAGCAGGUGUGUGUGAAUCUCGCUGGCGGUUUUAAUUGCAGCUGUCGCUUGGGCUUUGAGUCGCGUAAAGACGACCCGACAAAAUGCCAACCGGUGUGUGAGCCUGCGUGUCAGAAUGACGGAGUGUGUGUGGCUCCGAACACCUGCGACUGUCCUGCCGGAUAUCCUGGAGCGGGAUGCUCAGCCAUGUGUUCUCCACCCUGCGCUCACGGCGGCUCCUGUAUGAGGUGGAACGUGUGUGUGUGUCCUCCGGGCUGGACGGGCGACGGCUGUCACACAGCUGUGUGUGAGCUGCCGUGCGGUAACGGUGGACGGUGCGUCGCUCCAAACACCUGCCAGUGUCCCUCAGACUACAGCGGACCACAGUGUCUCACACCUCUGUGUUCUCCUCCCUGUGUGAACGGCGGGAGGUGUGUGAACAUCAACACCUGCAGCUGUGUGGACGACUGGACAGGAGCUCGCUGUCAGAUAGGUGACCAAAUACACACACAC